CGGUGGAUCAUCGCCACCUCUUUCCUCUUCUGCUUCUACAUUUACAGUAGUUCUUGGAUCUGCAAUUUCCGAUGCCGAUUGUUGUCUCGCAUCUUCUUUUGGCUUUAAUGUUCCUGAUUUCAUCACUUUUGGUGUCUGAUACUGCUUGUUAUUCUGGAUUGUGUUUGUUCAAAUUAGGAAGUCGGUUCCAUUUGAGGAAUUUGCUUUUUCCAUUUUGAUUUUGUGGUUCUUGCAAUGAUGAGUUUUAUGGUGUUUGAUUGCUUGUUGUUGCUAUUUCUGUGACUGCACAAAUUUCGGUUCCAUUUCAUUGCGGUACUGGUUUUUUUGCUCACUGCUGGAAAAUUGUUAUAUAUGGGCUGAGGUAAACUUUUCAUGGGAGGUGUGGAGGAUGAAGAACCUGACUUGAAAUUGUCCUCUAAAGGAUUAGUUGGACUCUCGAAUAGUUCAUCUUCUGCGGACGUUGUUGGUGGCUCUUCAAGUGACUUGAUGGCUCGACCCCUAUCGUCAGAAGGGGGCGAGGGCAUUAUUGGUUCCAAAGGGGUUAUAAAAAAAGAUGAAUUUGUUAGGAUAAUCGCAAAGGCGUUGUAUUCUCUUGGUUACGAAACGAGUGGGGCAUACCUAGAGGAGGAGUCUGGCAUACAAUUGCAUUCAUAUGUGGUAAAUUUGUUUAUGCAGCAGGUACUCGAGGGCAAUUGGGAUGAAAGCGUAGUCACAGUGAAUAAAAUUGGUCUAACAGAUGAAAGUGUUGUUAGGGAAGCCUCAACUUUAAUAUUGGAGCAUAAGUUUUUUGAGCUGCUUGAUGGGGAUAAGGUCAUAGAUGCAUUGAAUACAUUGAGAAAUGAGAUUGCGCCUCUUUGCAUUGAUAGUAGUAGAAUUCGUGAACUUUCUUCCUGCAUGCUUUCUCUGUGUGGCCAAGUUGGUUCUUCUAAGCAAGUUUUCGUUAGGGUGAAGUCUCGGUCGAAAUUGCUAGAGGAAUUGCAAAAACUUAUUCCCCCAACAGUAAUGAUACCUGAGAAGAGAUUGGAACAUCUAGUUGAACAAGCCCUUAUCUUGUAAUGAUAGGCGUGCAUGUUUAACAAUUCAUUGGAUAAGGAGAUGUCAUUAUAUUCAGAUCAUCACUGUGGAAAAACUCAAAUGCCUUCUAGGACAUUACAGGUUAGAAAAUGAGUGUCUAAUGGAUGUUACGAGGUUUAUAUGGGAAUGUUUAUAUUCGACCUUUAUACUUUAACUUCACUGUAAUUGUCUGCAAAAUCUUUAUUAUAAAUUUGUUAGUUGAUUGUGACAAAGUCAUCCUUUGACUUGUUAGAUGAAGGAUCAUGAAUUGUUUUUAUAUCUAAAAUUUCCCUCACAUAAGAGUCCUUUGUGCUUUGGAGCAUGACAACUAACAAGCUGACCAUAUCAUAUGCUACCCUUAUUUAGAAGAAUGAGGCAAGCAGUAAUUAAACUAUUGACCAUUUGGUCAGAGGUUCUAAUACCAUUCACGAUACAACACUCCAAAAUGUUUGAGCUGUUAGGUGAAGACUUAAAUGACUUUCAUUUGUACCCCAUACAAUCAAAGAUCCCUUAUAAUAUUCUUAAUUCAUUUCUCAUCAUAUUUGCAAAGAUAUAAUGUAAGUUGUAUGCAUGUAUGUUCGUUUUUGUGCGCAUGAUAUGUAUUUGUGUGUAUAUGCUUCUGUUCGAUUCCUAACAUCAUACCCUCAAUGGGGGGACAAAUUUUUGUUUUGUUCUUGACACUUACACUGCCCUUUAUUCUUUCUUCAUCUAUUAGCAUAAUCCCUAGUCCAAUAAUCCAACAAUGUCCAAUCCUAUCUUACCCUAUUCUUAGGUCUUGUUUUAUUGAAAAAUAGUAAUUGAAGAUUACCCUGACUCAAGGAUGGUUCAUAUCUGUGAAUUUGGCUCCUCUGUGUACCUUGUGUUAAGGAUUUUGGUUCUUCAUCUGUUGGGUGUAUCUUUAUGAUUGUAAUAUAUUAAUUUUAUGUUUUAUUAUGUUAUGCAUCUUACCCAUGUCAUGUCCUUUAUUUUCAGAAAUAUGUCCUUCUUGAAACUAUAUAUUCUGAAUGGUUGAUUGAUAAUUGAUUGAUUCAGAAAAUACAAUAUUUAUAGACUAGGUUUCCUAGUAAACUACAAAGUAUAAGUAAUAAAUAUGAUCUCAUCCUAAUCAAUCAUUGCAUAGCAAUAUAUUCAAUCUUUUCUUAUCCCAAUCUAUCAAAAUAUACGAAUAUAUCUUGUUCUAAUCUAUCAUAACAGAACAUAUCUGAAUAAUCUCAACAGUCAUCGCUUCAUGUCUAUGUUGUGUUGUAUCCAUGCUUCCUGGUGUGUAUUGAAUUAGAUGAUGAGGUAAAAAACGAUGUGUGCAACCACCUACAUUUUGAUAUUUAUACUAACUACAUUAUUUAUCACAAGAGGAGGUAAUUGAGACAACUGUAAAUUAUGUAUUCUAACAAAUUCCCUCAGUAGGAAAUAUUUAGCUUUGACACAGCUAAACCUAACCACACAAAGCCCAAGAACUUGGUAAUAAAAGUAUGAGUAAGAACAAAUAAACUAAAUACAAGUCAAAUGGCAGCAAAUCCAAAUAAAGUCUAAAUUGCAGUGGAUGCAUAGUUAAGCAGUCCCUUUGAUUGUGUAACUGACACUCUAUUGAAGUUUUUGCUGUAAAAGGUUGUAGCAUAAGCAAAUGGACCAUAAAAAUGCUCAGUCUAAAUAAAGAAAAAAUAAAUAAAACUGCUGAUGCAGAAGUCCUAAGUGGUUACCGCUGUGUAUGAGAAUGGGGACAGCAGCAACAAGUUUUCAAUUUAAAUUUUUGGAUAUGGCGAUUUUUAAUUCUGUAAAACUUUGCCCUCCUUACUCCAGCCAAAUCCUCUUCAAAGUUGAUUGUAUUGUGCCUCUGUGUAGAUCACAAUUUAGUCUGAAAAACUGGGUGACCAACUCAUAGGAAUUUUUUGAGUGCUUCAUGUAUGUCUGAUGUAUCCUAGUCCUGUAAAAUAUUUGUCAAUGUACACAACAUAAAAUGCCACUUAAUGCUAUGAUAUUAGGCUUAACAUUUUUGUUUUUUGAAUUUCUUUCAAUAAGUUGAUAUGAAUGGUGCACUGUCUAUGAAGCAUAGAUUAUGAGGUCACUAGAAACUUGUUUCUUCUGUUUCAUGGAGUUCCAAUGACCAAAAGAUCCUCACGUGUGGAGUGGAGGAGACCGUUAGGCGUUGGGAUGUCUCUACAGGUUUACAUAUGGCAAAGAUGCUCAGGGGAUCUAGUAGAGGCAUUGCCCGGUCAUUAUGGAGCUGUCAACUCUGUGAGCUGGAAUCCAGCUAACCCCCAUAUGUUAGCCUCAACCAGCGAUGACUGAACAAUUUGGACAUGGGGCUUAAAAUGUCUAGAUGUUAAGUACGAAAAUGCUUCCAGCAAUGGCAACCAUCAUGCAAUGGAGGGAAGCUUAGAUGAAAGCAAACUGUUUCAAUUUCAUUUCUUCAUCAUUGUAAUUCUGUAAAUACCUUUACUAUCACUACAGGUUGACAUUCAUACUAAACAUGCUCGUGACUUCAUCAAUCUCAAAAUAAAACCAUGUUUCAUUCAAGCA